AUGUCGACCAAGAAAAUCAUUCUCAUCACUGGCGCAAACCAGGGCAUCGGCUUCGACAGCGCUUGGGCCCUAGCCUCCGCAUCCCCGGACAACCACGUCGUCGUCGGUUCCCGGAGCCAGGAGCGGGGCGUCAAGGCCGUGGAAGACCUACAGGCCCGGAAGCCGGCCGGCAUCGUGAGCCUCUUGCAGCUCGACAUCACGUCCGACGACUCCAUCAAGGCCGCCGCCGAAAAACUGACCGCUGACUUUGGCGUCCUCGACGUCCUCGUCAACAACGCGGGCAUCGUCAUCACGCAACCCAAGGAUCGCCGUUCCGAGCUAGUUGACACCUUCAACACCAACGCAGCUAGCCCCCUGCUUCUCACCGAGGCUCUCGUGCCGCUGCUGCAAAAGUCCAAGGACCCGCGCAUCAUCAAUGUCACGAGCGGUCUCGGUUCGCUCCACGAGCGCACGACGCCGGGCGGUCCCUAUUACGAUGUUCGCGCGGAUGCCUAUCGCAUUUCCAAGGCGGCGCUCAACAUGGCGACCGCGCAUAUGCUGUACGACUUCAAGAGCUGGGGCGCAAAAGUCUGGGCGUUUUGCCCCGGCUGGGUCGUGACGAAUCUCACUGGUGAAGCCGACAGGCAGAACCGGAUUGAUGGAGGUGCUGAGAGUUCAGAGACGAGCGCGCAGGGUAUCCUGGAGAUUGUGGAGGGAAAGAGAGACGGCGAGGUUGGCAAGUUUGUCAAAAGACAGGGCGAGCAGUACAAGUGGUAA